AUGGCUAGGGCUCAAUCAGAAACUGAUUGCGCGUCUCCGUCACUUUCUUUUAGUGGUCUGUUUCCCGCCGUACCGGAAGUGUCUACUACCGUUGGGGUGGGAUAUACGCUGGCCACCUAUGAGGUCACAAACGUUAAAUCUGUUAGCGUGAAUCCCGCGGAAGAUGAUAAGCCGGUAUAUAUUGACGCUACGAUUGGCGAUGGAAAGCUUAUCAUCACGACGAACCAACAGUUUACUCGCUUCGAAGAGCUCGAUAGUUACGCGUACUUUUUCAAUAUCGUCGUCUUCCUGUGCGAGUCUGGGACGGUACGGCAGAUGAGCUUCAGGCAGAACAUCAAGGAAGAGAACAAUCAUCAGCCACAAUUCAGCCAAGAAGUGUACGAAAUCAAGGUUCCGCUACCGCUCCCGCGGGACUUUGACAUACAAUUGUUUGCAGACUAUGGCAACCGGAUAGUGGCCUAUGAUAAGGAUAUAACAAAGAAUAAGAUAACGUUCACGAUCGAUGAGAAUGAUUACUUCACCGUGUCCUCCAGUGCUGGGUCUUCUCGAGCAGAGUUCGUUGUGCAGGUGAAAACGAAGCAUGCCUUAACGAAAAUUACGCAGCCAAUAACGCUGCAAAUUUCGGCACAGGACGAGUGGAUUCCACCACUGACAGGACAUGCACGGCUAACAGUGUCCAGUGAUCCGGUCAAUGAAUUCGUUGUACCUCCCGAGUUUGGGCAAAGUCUGUAUAAAACGGAACACAAGAUAGGAGAUGCAUUUGAUGCUCGUUACGUCAGCUUAUUGGCCGGUACCUACGAUUCGACGGUACAGUAUCAAGUGAGCGGUGACGACCAAGUCUACUUCGUCCUCAAUGCCAGUGUUGAUCGGCAAACAGCGGCCGUGUCUUUGCGCCCAGGUGCGCAGAUUGCGGAAGGAAAGCGAAUUCUCACAACAGUCAUCGAGGCUAGCAGGACAGGGGCCGAAAAUGUCGGUCGAACGGCUUUUGUCGUCGAAGUGAAGAGCGUGGCGCCUGUCGACUUUGAGGAGUCUCUCUACACCGGCUCCAUUGCGGCAAAUAAGGAAAUAACACUCGUCAAACCGAUUAGCAUCAAACCAGAGACUGGUGACGACAGCGUAAAAGUGGCUCUCGCCGGAGAAGAUGCCGAAUAUUUUACCGCUACCUUCAGUAACAACCGAGUGACGAUUAGCUCUUCUGCGUCGCUGUCGGACGAAGUUAUCGCGAAGAACAGUUUUUUUCUGCUAACCAUUCAGGCCGAGAAAGCUAACGCAGGCGUAAGUGAAACGCUACUUGUGUUGGCGAUCGUGAAACCGGAUACGAAGGUACCUCAGUUCGAAAAGUCCGUAUACGAAGGAACUUUCACCGCAUCUACCGGGGUCCUUGAGCUUCCUGUCGUCAAAAUUUCGUCCGACAGCUAUGUGGAAGGGCUGACGUUUGCCUACCAGGGCGAUGUGGAUCUCUUCAGCGUGCGAACUUCCGGAGGGACAGUUAGUAUUGUGCCGAACAAUAUCACCCCAGAAAAGUUGGCAGGCAAAGCGUACCUUCUUUUAACCAUCGUUUGUACGUUGGACGGCGCAGGAGUGUCUCAGGCGGUUGCGGUCAUGAGCGUCGCUCGGCCCGUGGCUGUGUUGCCAAAGUUUGCAAGAAACUUUCUCCAAGGAACGUUGGAUGAGAACACGCUGCAACUGAGCAUUGCGAAUGUGGAGAUUCUGUCAGAGUCCUUUUCCGGUGACACCGUUGUUAACUUGAUCGAUGAACGAGGGUUGUUCGAAAUUUGGCCCUAUAUCCCGGAAAAUGUGUUCAAGCUGUACUUGAAAGGUUCGGUGACCAGUGAAUCGCUCCGUGGCACCACGCACGUGCUGGUGACCGUAGAGGCACAAAAUCCUAACUCGGAAAAGGCGUAUUGUAUGCUGUCUGUGGAUAUCGUCCAAAUCGUGGCUCCGAAGUUUGAGCGGCUAAUCUACGACGCACUAAUCGAUGAGUCCACAAGGCAACUACAGGAACCACUAGUGGUGAAGCUCAGUAUCGAGACGGCCGACGAAAGUGUGCAGUUUUCGUUAGAUGGACCUGAUUCUUUGUACUUCACCUUGAAACCUUUUAAUUCGCCGUUGGACGGUACAGAACUCAGCCUGAAGGAGCCUUUGAAUGAUACAGAUUUGGAGACUCGGGAUCACUUUCAGUUCAGCAUCAGGGCAACGAAGCCACGCUCGACGGUUGUUGCGGCUGUCCCCGUAGUGGUGUACGUCAAACGGUUGUUUGUUAAAUAUCCACGGUUUGUAAAACCUGUCUACAAGUCGCGGAUAUCGAAGGAUAUGCAGCUGAUUCCCUUCGAAAGCAUAAGUCUCGUGCAAGGAAGUUACGUGGAGACAGCAAUAGUGUCGAUACGGGACAGUAACACAGAACUGUUUGGAGUGCAGCUGGUUGAAGGAACGGUGACCAUACAGUUACUUAGGGAAAUCUCACCCACAGAUCUGAACGCCGUAGAACAUAUUGAAUUCGUGCUGGAAUGCAAAAAUGCGGAAAUGGCAUCAGGAUUUACUACCAUUAUCCUGGAUAUUGACCGUGUCCCGAGCCCCGAAUUCACACAAUUGCAGUACAAUGGAGAGCUGAAGGAAGGCGCCAACGAUAUCAGACUGAGUCUGCCGAUGUCCCUCACGCCGGAAACUAUUGACAGCAACAUACGAUACACCGUUCAAGGAGCCGAUGCUUCGUUAGUUCGGUUCGUGGAAUCGGCAGAUGGGUCUCUAGUUUGGUAUCUUCGCGAUGACGUUUCCGUCGAGCAAGUGAAAGCACGAUCCGAAAUAUACUUCCUCGUAGUUGCAGUGAAUCCUUUAAACACCCGCCAGCAGCCGCCAUCCGUUGCUUCCUGUUUGGUCCGAAUUGCGCACCCUAUCAACCCGAUCUUCUCGCGUCCUUCAUACGAAGGAACCCUGGUCGAAGGACAACAAGCAGUGGAAUUUACAGAAGAACCAAUCACGCUCGGAAGGGAAAGUGUGCUGGAGACCACGGAAGUUGCGAUCAAAGAUCCAAAGUCUCCCUCAACCUUCUUCGAAGCAACGAUCAACGAUGAUCGUAGCACUGUGCGAGUCCAAUUAAAGGCCGGCGUAAAGUGGGACCAAAUUCGUUCCCAAGUCUACUUUAGCCUGUUGCUGCAAGCUUCCAAUGCCGAAUCUGACCGCGCAGAGGCGCACUUGUUGGUAAAAGUGGUAAACGCCCCGGCAGUAACGCCGGUUUUUACGAAGCCCAUCUAUCGGGGAUCUCUGCAAGAAGGCACAAAAGUCGUUCUGUUUUCCGCACCCGAUGUAAUUGCUGUAGAUCCCACCACGAUAAUGGACACGUUUCAGUUCUCCGCGACCGAGAACGAUGCGGAGCUGUUUAACCUGGAGUUCACAGAAGAGAACAUAUUCCGGGUGUCCUUGCGUGACGACAUCUCACCGACGGCCAUCGAAGGGCGCGAUCUGUUGAACUUCGUCCUUACCAUCAACAACGCCUACAGUGCCGGUGACUCCGCGACUGUUUUGGUCACUAUUAAACUGGACGAUAUAAUCAGCCCUAUGUUUUCGCAAUUGGUAUACAACGGAAGCAUUACUGCCGGUGCGAAUGAGAUCCAGUUGCACCAAGCCAUCGUCCUAAACGCGGGUACUUUUAGUGAAAACACUGACGUCGGGCUCGGCGGGCCAGAUGCACAAUAUUUCACCGCCUCACGCCAAGGAGCUAACGUUGAGUUGAAACUAAGGGUUCCUGGCAACAGCGAACUCACCGGAAUCGGCCAUCUUAAUGCGUACGUUCAGGCGACGAAUCCAGGAAGCGAUACGGCGACAGCAUUUAUCGCGAUUGAUGUUCUGAGCGUAGAGUCACCACAGUUCGUGCAGAGCGCAUCUUAUGGAAUUCUUGAGGAAGGUUCACGGACCGUCACGUUCCUCGGAGGGUUGGAAGUGAAGAUCGUGCUCUCCAGCACUGAACCAGGAUUCCAGUGGAACUUGGCUGACGACGAUUAUCAGCUGUUCGAUGCCGUUCUAGUAGACGAUCUCUUCCAGUUCACCCUAAAGGCGUCCAUCACGGACGAGCAGCUUGGGGCCAAGCCGUUGCUGACGUUUGGUGUAACGCUUAAAAAUCCUGCAAGUGGCACAGUCUUGUCCAGGGUAGUGAUCAGUCGCAAACUACCGGCACCGGCAUUUACACAAUCAGUGUACGGGGGAUCGUUCACUGACGACUUCAGCCCGGUGCUCUCCGAUGUGAUCGCGAUAUCAGAAAAUACUUUCUUCAAUGGAGUAGUUACCGUAGUCAUCAAAGAAUCGAACGUAGACUUUCUUGCAAUCGAACAAAGUGGUCGCUACGUGCAGCUGCGACUGUCGAGCCCGAUCACCAUUGCGGAUUUCCAAGGCCUAGAGACCGUUCAUCUUUUGAUUGAAGCUAGAGCAGCUGAAGGCAGUACAGGAUCUUGUGCUGUCGUGCUAUCAGUUCCGGAAGGAACACCCUGCAUUUCAUUGCCACCCAUUGUGGACUGCUCAAAAUGUUACAACUGCAACACCAGCGGAGUGCUUAGUGAUGUACCGGUGUUCGAGUACGGCAGUUUCCAGUUCCAACUGAGGAGUGAUACAAGCGGUGCGAUCGGGUCCGUUAGAGCUACGGUGAAGGAUCCGUUGGUCGUGGUAGAUCACCAACUUAUUACCGACGAUGCGUAUCUAAAGUUGUAUGUCACCAUAAGCGCUGAGGGAGCACUGAGCUUGAUACGUCCAAUUGCCCCCAGUGAGUAUCGGUUCUCUGUGCGUGCUUCUAACAGAGAAGCAGGAAAGCAAUCUUCCGUCGGAGUCAUGCUGGAUGUUCUCAGUGAGUACGAGUGUACUGAGCAGGGCAUUAAAAUGCCAACCGUGGACAAAACCUUGGUCGUGUUGCAUCUAGAUGAAGAAAGUCCACACCCGACCAUCUUCCCAGUGGGCUUAAACGUGUGUGAGUACGAAAUUUUGAGCCAAAGUCCGCUAAAUGAUUCCUGGCCAUAUUUUUACAUCGACUCGGAGACUGGCUGGCUGGCGUCACAUAGUUUCGAUCGAGAGGAUCACAAUUUGUUCGCCGGUAUGGAGGUGCCACAGUUUCAAUUGCGCUUGAAAUUGGUGUGUAGCAGCGAAGAGAAGUUAUUCCGUGCCAAACGAUCGCUCAUCGAGACAAACAGCAUCAACUACGCACCGGACGCAACGAUAAUUAGUAUCGUGGUCGACGAUAUAAACGAUAACGAUCCACUCUUCGUUCAGCCAGCGAUUACACCAGAAGCAGUGACCGUUGUCCAUCUUGCGUAUCCUCAGCCAGCAUUGGCCGCCAGACUGAUGUUACCUUAUCUAACCAUUUUGGAAGCCACCGAUGCGGAUCAAGGGCUGAACGCGAAAAUUCGAUACAGUUUAGCGGAAAACGAUCAGUUCAUGGUCGAGCCGGACAGUGGUGGGAUAUUUCCAAGUCGAAAUGCUCUAAAAGAGGAAGCUCGCGUUGAACUCACUGCCAUUGCUACGGAUCGCGAUGGUGAAGCCGAUGGACGGAGUACAAAACUUGCGCUGAGCGUACAACGGUUGGAAGUGAAUCAAAUCGCCAUCGUCACGUUGGAGACUGCCGAGAAGAUCGCAGUGAGUGCUUUGAUCGAACAAAUCAAUGGACAAGAAAAUUUCCGCCUUGCAGUACUUCAUCAGGCGUACAUACCGUCGACUGAUCGCGCCGUGAGACGAGAGGAGCAAAAUGGGAUACAAAUGCUCGAUCAACACGGCACUGUGCGGUUGGUGGUUUAUGCGAUGGACAACAGUAAUGAACUUUUGCAUGAAGACGUUAUUCGAAGAGCGAUUCUGGAAGCAGUUCCUAAUCUGGAGGCAUCGGCGAUUGUGUCCGUCAAUGAAGUUUUGUGCUCCGAUCACGAGAAUGCAUGUGCUGAAAGCCUACGGCACCAGUCAAGUCACAGCGGACUGAUCGCGUCUACUUCCGUUUUGGGCUCGUUGUUACUUAUCUGCUUGGCAGUCGGUAGCGUACUGUACUUCCGGUACGUGCGACCACUGUCUAAAGCGGGCAAGAAUGCCUCUGAUCUUGAGCAGCUGGAGAGUGAUUUCGAUCCCAGCCCUCCACCGACUCCACCGUCAUUGGGAAUUCCCAAAGGGAACAAUUUGGAGCCAGCGACUCUUGAGGAUCGGAAAAUAUCCAUCAACAUCUCUGGUAUCACCAUGCAAGAUUCAGAGGACAACUUCAUAGCUGGCAAUCGGCUAUCGCGUGCUUUGGACGAGCGAUUAAAUGAAGAAGAUGAACAUGACGUUACACUAGGGACGGAAUCUACGAGUUUUCGGGAAGUUGGUAGCGAGCCUAAAAAUGUAAAAUUCAAUGAACUAGUUGAACGAAUCGAGGUGCAGGAGCAUCGCAGCGACGAUGACGAAGAUUCGGUGUACCAAGCAAGGUUGUAA